AUGUCCUUUCCCAAUCAUCUUCCCGCCGAUUCCUACGAGGGCACGAUCGAUGGCAUUACCGUCAAAUGGGGUCCUAACGCAAUUACCCACCUGCCCUGCAAUGCCAAAGUAUUCAAAGUGGAUCAGGCCGCCUUGAAAGGUGCCACUGAGCAGAUGGCCCACGCGAGUGCUAAACGACUUGGGAAAACCGGAGUCCGCAUCAUGGGCUCGUUUCGUAACACGACAACCAUCACCACAGCUGGUGAGAAACUACUAGACGAGUGUCAUUUCUCGAUUUCGAUAACCCCAGGUCGAGCCAAGGUCCAUAUUUACGUUGAUCUCACCGAUGAGGUAGCGCUCCACGACAUGAAAGUGCUAGGAGAAAGCGUAAUUCCGUACGGCAUGUCUACCCCGGACCCAACUCUGUCCAUAGGCAUCUAUCCUUCAUAG